AUGAAUUUUGAGCAAGGGAGGCGAUGGAUGAACAAAAGAAGAAACUUGAGUCAGAUCAGGAGAACUGUAUAUGUCUCAGACAUCGAUCAACAAGUUACUGAGGAGCAGCUUGCAAGUCUAUUUUUAUCUUGUGGCCAGGUUGUUGAUUGCCGUAUAUGCAGUGACCCUAAGUCUAUUCUCCGUUUCGCCUUCAUUGAGUUCACUAAUUCAGAGGGAGCUAGGUCUGCUUUAGGAAAAUCGGGUACUAUGGUUGGUUCUCAUCCUAUUAGGGUUCUUAUUUCCAAAACAGCGAUCACGCCUGUUAACCCAUAUUUCCUUCCAAAGUCUGAGGACGAGCGAGAGAAGUGUGCAAGGACUGUUUAUUGUACUAACAUUGGCAAGAUGGUCACUCAAACGGAAUUGGAAGAUUUCUUUAAAACAGCUUGUGGUGAGGUUCACGAUCUGAGGCUGCUUGGAGACAGUUACCACCAAACCAACAUUGCUUUUGUCGAAUUUAGUCUGGCAGAAAGUGCAGUUUCUGCUCUUAAUUGCAGUGGUAUUGUCUUGGGAGGGCUCCAAAUAAGAGUAAGCCCGUCAAAGACGCCAGUGAGGCCACACCGCUCUGAUGUAAACUAAAGCUAAGUGCAAAUAGA